CGAUUCACAAAUAUAUAUACGUAUGCAACUGAGAAGAAUUACCGCAAAAUCAUCAUUCUAUUAAAGGUGCAACGAGAACAGAACGAAGAACUCAAUCAACAUACCGAUCACUUGAGAAUAAGGAAAUAAUUCUAGGAGCACGUAUUGACCAAUUACCAACAACACCGAGUGCAACGCAUAGUGCAGACAACAAAAGCGGCGAUAAAUUUGAAGAAAUUAUGGCGAGCGAUUUGAGCGGCAUUGUCGAGUCAUCGUUUCCCACGGGUGCCCUGGUACCUAAGGCUGAGACUGGUGUGCUAAAUUUCUUGCAAAAAUACCCGGAAUACGAUGGUCGAGAUGUGACCAUCGCCAUUUUUGAUUCCGGUGUCGAUCCGCGAGCAACGGGACUUGAGACGCUUUGCGAUGGAAAAACCUUAAAGGUUAUUGAACGUUUCGACUGCUCGGGUUGUGGUGAUGUGGACAUGAGCAAGAAGGUUACCCCCGACGAGAAGGGAAACAUUAAAGGCUUGUCUGGCCGCACACUGAAGCUAAGCCCCGAGCUUAUUGGACUGAAUACAGAUCAAGAUGGUGCCGUUCGUGUGGGCAUUAAAUCCUUCCAUGACCUGGUACCUUCCAAGAUUCGCGACAAUAUUGUCGCCCAGGCCAAGCUCAAGAGCUGGGACAAGCCGCACAAAACGGCCACAGCUAAUGCCAGUCGUAAGAUCGUAGAGUUUGAGGCCCAGAAUCCAGGUGAAGCUUCUAAGCUGCUGUGGGACAAGAAGAUUAUCAAGGAGAACCUGGACUUCGAGCUUGAGAUGCUCAACAGCUACGAGAAGCUGUACAAUGAUAUCAAGACAUCGUACGAUUGCGUGCUCUUCCCGACUGAAAAGGGUUGGCUGACCAUUAUUGAUACCACAGAGCAGGGUCAGUUGGAGGAGGCAUUGCGCAUUGGCGAAUUUACCAACACACACGAAACAAAGAAUGUCAAUGAUUUCCUCUCCAUUUCGGUGAAUGUGCAUGACGAUGGCAACGUUCUGGAAGUGGUGGGCAUGUGCUCUCCUCAUGGCACGCAUGUGGCAUCGAUUGCCAGUGGCAAUCACAGCUCUCGCGACAUUGAUGGUGUUGCACCCAAUGCCAAGAUUGUGUCCAUAACCAUUGGCGACGGUCGCUUGGGCUCCAUGGAGACAGGUUCCGCGCUGGUACGCGGCAUCAUGAAGGUGAUGGAGCUGUGCCGCGAAGGACGACGUAUCGAUGUAAUCAAUAUGAGCUACGGCGAGCAUUCAAACUGGUCGAAUUCGGGUCGUGUUGGCGAAUUGAUGAACGAGAUGGUCAACAAGUAUGGCGUCGUCUGGGUUGCUUCAGCUGGCAACCAUGGCCCCGCUCUCAGCACUGUGGGCACUCCCCCGGACAUCAGUCAGCCAAGUUUGAUAGGUGUGGGAGCGUACGUUUCCCCCCAGAUGAUGGAGGCCGAAUAUGCAAUGCGUGAAAAGUUGCCUGGCAACGUUUACACCUGGACAUCGCGCGAUCCCUGCAUUGAUGGUGGACAGGGCGUGACUGUGUGCGCUCCUGGAGGUGCCAUCACUUCGGUGCCUCAGUUUACAAUGAGCAAAUCGCAGCUGAUGAAUGGCACCAGCAUGGCUGCGCCACAUGUCGCAGGAGCCGUGGCAUUGCUCAUCUCUGGCCUCAAGCAGCAGAACAUUGAGUAUUCGCCAUAUAGUAUUAAACGCGCCAUCAGCGUUACGGCCACCAAGCUGGGCUAUGUGGAUCCCUAUGCCCAGGGUCAUGGACUUCUGAAUGUGGAGAAGGCUUUUGAACAUUUGGUGGAACAUCGCCAGUCCAAGGAUAAUAUGCUGCGCUUUUCGGUGCGUGUGGGUCCCAACCAUGAGAAGGGUAUUCAUCUGCGUGAAGGCGUCCAGCGCAAGUUUGCUGACUUUAAUGUCAACAUUGAGCCCGUGUUCUUCAAUGAUAAGGAAGCUGAUCCGAAGGACAAGUUCAACUUUAAUGUGCGUCUUAGCCUUAUUCCCUCGCAGUCGUGGGUGCAAUGUGGCUCCUUCCUGGACCUCAGCUAUGGCACACGCUCAAUUGUAGUGAGAAUCGAUCCAACCAGCCUGCAACCUGGUGUCCAUAGUGCUGUUGUCAAAGCCUACGACACGGAGUGCGUACAAAAGGGACCGCUCUUUGAAAUACCCGUCACUGUGGUGCAGCCGCAUGUGCUGGAGAAUAUUGAGAAUACGCCGGUCUAUGAACCAGCUAGCAAUAGAGCCGACAAGAGCGUCGAGUUCCAACCAAACACCAUUCAAAGGGACUUUAUUCUAGUCCCAUACAAGGCCACUUGGGCAGUGCUGCGCAUGCGCAUUACGGAUCCUAAUCGGGGCAACGAUAUUGGCAAGUUCUUUUUGCACACAAAUCAACUGCUGCCGCAUAAAUCUUGCCGUAAACUGGAAACCAUGAAGAUUAUUGGUGUCAACUCUGAAUUUGAAGCCACAACCACAUUCCCCGUUAAGGCUAACAAGAUUCUUGAGCUGUGCAUUGCUAAGUAUUGGUCAAAUCAUGGUCAGAGCCACUUGAAGUACAGCCUGGAGUUCCAUGGCGUGGCCGCACACAAUCCGAAUGCCUAUGUCAUGCAUGCUGGACGUGGCAUUCAUCAACUGGAAAUUGGUGCCUUGGUUGCUGAGGAAAUUCAACCUUUGCUGCAGCUCAAAACUGCUGCAAUUAUUUUGCGACCCAGCGAGGCUAAGAUUUCGCCAUUGAGCGCCACACGCGAUGUCAUCCCAGAGGGCAGGCAAAUCUAUCAGAAUCUGCUGGUCUACAAUCUGAACGUGAGCAAGGCAGCUGAAGUGGCGCUCUAUGCGCCCAUAUUUAACGAUUUGCUGUACGAGUCGGAGUUCGAAUCUCAAAUGUGGAUGCUGUUCGAUGUGAACAAGUCGCUCGUGGCCACUGGUGAUGCCCAUUCGCAUACCUUCUUCACCAAGUUAGAGAAGGGUGAAUACACUGUGCGCCUGCAAAUCCGUCACGAGAAGCGAGAGCUUCUGGAGAAGAUUGCCGAGGCGAAUCUAAUUGCCGCCUACAAACUGCCCAAUAUGCUGUCGUUGGACUUCUACGAUAGCUACAAUCAAUGUAUUAUCAGUGGCCGUAAAUUUACGACGGCUAAAAUACGUGAAGCUAACAAAAUGCUUUACAUCGCACCCAUUGCUCAGGAACGCCUGACAAAGGCCAAUCUGCCGGCGCAGUGCGCCUGGUUGAGUGGCAAUCUGGUGUUCCCCAAGGAUGAAGCCGGUCGUCGCAUUGCUGUGCAUCAGUUCACAUACGUGCUCAAUCCAGCCGAGAAGAAAUCCACAUCCAAUGGCGCCUCAAAUGGUGCCAGCUCCAAUAGCGCAACUCCAGCAGCGGCUGCCGCUGUUGCUGCCAACGGAGCCAAGCCGAAGUUGCAGGCUACAUCUCAGGCGGCGACGAACCCUGCAAACUCUGCAGCCGGCGAUGGAGUCAGUGUGCAGAACGAUGUGCCUGCCAAUGCCGGAGCAACACCCAGCUCACCACAAAAGGGAAAGACAAGCGCUGAUGAUUACGCCGAAAGUUUGCGCGACUUCCAGUGCACGCACAUUGCCAAGUGCGAGCUUGAGAAGGCGGAGAAAAUCUAUCAGGAGGUCGUUGCCGCUCAUCCCAAGCAUUUGCAAGCACAUUUGCAGCUCAUUCAGAACAUUGAAUCGAGCGAACUAAAGUCACAACUGCCAUUAACUUUCGCCGCUACCAUUCAGAAGAAAUACACAGAAGGCGACGACGCUAGCGUUGAUAAGCAGCGGGAUGAGCUGCAGAAGCAGCGUGCCGCCUUGGAACGUAUUGUAAAACUGGCAGAUCUAGUUAUUGGUCAAACCGAUGAGGAUGCGCUAUUGUCCUUCUAUGGACUUAAGAACGACACACGCCCAGAUGCCUCAAAGAUCAAAACUAACAUGGAUAAGCAGAGAAACAAUUUAAUUGAAGCUCUCAGCAAGAAGGGCAUUGCAGUCGCUAAGUUGUCGGUUCUCGACGAUAAUGUGAAGGAUAGUGUGAGCAAGUUGAACGAUGUCUACACCGAGAUCAUCAAGUUUGUGGAUGCCAACGAUAGCAAGGCUAUCCAGUUCUCAAUUUGGCAUGCAUAUGCACAUAGUCACUAUGGACGCAUGUACAAAUACGUUUCGAAGUUGAUUGAGGAUAAGCGCACACGGGAGAACUUUGAGGAGUUGGCGGCCAUUAAUAAUGCCUUGGGCUUUGAGCAUACCAAGAUUGUCAUUGAUCGUAUGACCGUUUCCAAUUUUCCCAGUACCUUCCGUCUUUUUUAAAUAUUAUUCAAUAAUUUCGAACAAAUUUCACAUUUAUCUCUGCUUAUCACUGCUUGUGUGUUGCAAGCUCAAAUAAUUUACUCUAAAUUAUGUAUAUGAAUUCAAUAAUAUGCUUCCAAUUGAAGAUCGCGCAGAUGUUUUCAUUAAAUAAACAAACAAUA